UCCCGCCCGUGGUCUCCACUCGAACGCCUGGGUCCUUAGAGGACGACAGUGGAAGGCACAUUUUUGAACGGCAAUCUGUAGAGGGCUGGUUAUGCAAAGUAGUCUUGCACAUUUGCGAUUGCGGUAGUCGCACUGUGCGAAGAAUUGGAACAGAGAACCAUUCACGCCCUAUUUCGACAGCUGCUGCGGGCUCUCAACAUCCCACCACCAUGCCAAGUUCACAGAAUGGAGGGCCGAUGACACCGCGAAGGAGGUCUGCAAGGUUGUCGGCGACGCCCGAGCCGCAAAGAGCGCCGGCUUCAGCUUCAAAGUCGCCAACCGUCGCGUCAUCGACGUUGCAUGCAAGCCUUGCCGAUAUUCAAGAGAGUGACCACGAGGGAGAGAUCUCGGAAUGUCAACGAAGGGGAGCAAGCGGCAGACGUCAGAACGACAAUGCGCACAAAAUCAAUGCCACCACGUCCAUGACAACGGCGCGGGAACUGCGCGAAGAUCCAGAUGUGAACACCGUCAAGGAGACUGCAAUACUCGUCCUGGAAGGGGACAAGUCAUCAAUUUCGAAGCUCACGAAGGGGAAAGCGCAAAACACUGAGGCAAUGUCAUCAACAUCACUUGCUGCCCAUAGUUUCCGGCGCAAACGUCAGCUUGCAGCGAAGCUCAGGCUGGACGUUUUCGCGGCGGUAUUGCCGCCGGUAUUUAUUCUUCUUGGCUAUCUCGUCCCGUUGGUGCUCCCAAUACCGCCGUUAGGACCUUGGUACGAUCGAAAUGCGAACAAUGGCAUUAGCAAGGGCACAUAUGUCGACGAAAAUGCCCUGCAGCCCGGCCAAGCCUUCGUCUACUUCGACUACAAAGAAGACGUCAAGCUGGCGGACGAAGUCGCAGAUUCCCUUGCCACCCUAGAUCUCGGCGCUUGGAGCGAGGGUGAGCGGCACCCUCCCUGGCUCAACGCAACUCUAGGCAAGAUGAGUCCCGCUCAACGAGACUACUUGGCAGAACAGUUUGCCAUUCUUGGCCUCAAGCCGUUCAUUCAACAUUAUGACUAUCGGGCGGGCGCUUCUGCCGCCUCGCCAUACGAUGGUCCGUUGCACCUUUCGCUUUCGGGGAGCAACAUUUUCGCUCGGUUUCCCUCGCCUAGAACGGAUGCGAGGGAAGCCAUAGUCAUUGCGGCUCCUUGGUUUAGCAGCUGGAAUGACAUUGAACCCGAAGACUCAGAUGAAGGGAAAGUGACAUAUCAGAGGCGAGUGAACGUACGAGGUGUUGCACUAACGAUCGCUCUCGCACGAUACCUCACAACGCAACCACAUUUGUCGCGCGACUUGAUAUUUGUUCUGUCAGACGGACACCUCGCCGGCAUGCAAGCCUUCCUUUCCACAUACUUUGCGACAAACCAAUCGAAUCUGAUCACCACUACAUAUCGCUUCAAACACUCUUUGGCGGCCACACGCCCCGCUGAAGGCACUGUCGGAGAUGAUCAUACACGUGGCAGUGUCAUCUGGAAUGCUCUUGCGCUCGACUUUCCCUCGGACUCGUUCAGCGCCAUUGAGCUUUUGCACGAGGGUUUGAAUGGCCAGUUGCCAAACAUGGACGUACUGAAUGCUGUCGUCCGCGUGGCCGAGCAUAUUGAUGGCGUACCAGUAAAAAUUCCAGGUCUAGCCUCGCACAGUCCCAUCAAGCGCAUGCUUCUACAGCUCCAGACCUGGACGCGUGCCUUCAAGGCACCCCUGGAAGCUACUCUCGGAACAACCUUAUGGACGGAACGCACUGAAGGAGAGUAUGUGGAAUCAAUGGAGAGGCUGUCGCAUCAGAUCGGAUUGCAGGCCCUGGGCAAGACUACUGGUGUACAUGGUCUUUUCACAAGGUACCACAUCGAUGCAUUGACUUUGCGCGCAGUGCCUGCGAGUGGGCCUUAUGGGUUCUACCACAUGGGACGCAUCGCGGAAGGGACGAUUCGGACCUACAAUAAUCUCCUCGAGCGGCUGCACCACUCGCAGUAUUUCUACCUGCUCACCUCUCCGUACCGCUUUGUACCCUUCGGGAUAUACAUUCUAGCCAGCAUCCUCAUCAGCGUCGGUCUCACCUUUUACGCGCUCCGAAGCUGGACAUGUUUGGGGAGGGCGGUGCAAGAAGGAAGGCUGCGGGUGUACGAGGAGCACCGCCGAGCGAUCGUUGGCGAUGAUGACGCAACACUGCAACGUCUGGAUGCUCCACUCGUGCGUCCAACUACUGAGCAUCUCAUCCGCGAACUGGGCCGCCUGUCGGAGCUCACGGGGACAAGUAUGUCGGCCCAGCAGUUCGAGCAAAUCACCACGGACCUGAAGCAGCAAGGAAGGCCGGUUGGGUUGGUGCUGGGUAUCAUGGGCGUUUGCCACCUCAUCGGCUUUUUUGGGCUCAGAAUGCUCGCCCGAUUUCAGGUUCGCUGUGCUCGUGAAGGUAUUUUGGUAAGUCCCACAUAGGAUAUGGAGUCGCCUUCGUCGUUGA